AUGUCGGCCGGUUGGUUUUCUCAACCAUGCUCAGAGAUUGAGGAUAGGAUCUUCAAGCAUUUCCCAUGCUCAUUGGUCUUUCAGCAAGAGAAAGAGAAGAAGAAGGCCCAAGCAAAAGCUAACAUCGCCGAGAAGGAAAGUCAUCCCGCCGACAUGAUUAAGAGAGAGAGCUCGGCCAAAUCUGCCGCUGCAAAUUCUUGGCAGGGUGAGAAAAGGCCCAACACCCCCAUCCAAGCCCUUUGGAAAUAUUAUGCCCCUUCGCAAACAUUCCUUCGGCCCAGAAAAGUUCCGCGCAAACCAUUUCAAGGGUGCGCCCCUUUUUUUUUUUUUUUUUUUUUUUUUUUUUUUUUUUUUUUCGAACUAAACCGAAUUUGCUGCAGGUUCCCCAAGGCUGGCGGAGCAUCCUUCCUCUUCUCAUUCGGUCGGGGCCGUGCAAUUGGCUACUACUUCGUCCGCCGCUCCGGUAAGUUUAUGUCUUUGCAUACUUUCAUUUAUUAA